UUCUACAGCACGACGUCCCCUUUCCUGGUAGACGAGCUUUGGCUUCCUUUGGCUUGCCACCACCUCGUUGCGAUUUCUCGGUGCUGUCUUCGCGAGGGUUCUUGCGUCUUGGAGAUCAGCGUAAGUCAGCUCGCGCUCAGGCCAUCCGUUCAUUUUCAGAUACCCCGAUCGUCACAGCGGCCUGGAAGCGGGGCAACCUCUCCCUCUUUAAAACUGUCGCCCACGCCCUCCCAAGGGACCCUCGAUUCUCGACAAAAAAGAGCCCUCUCAAAAGCCGUCGCGCUGCCUGGCCUUCGCACGGGAUAUCGCUAAGACAGAACCUGUAACCCGGGUCCCGGACCACAAACGAAUUUCGGGACAAAGAAGCAUCGGGACGCCUUCUGCGUUGCUUCGCCGGAAAGUAACAUCUCGGGUUGCUUCCACGAACAAAAAGCCUCAUUCCCAAGGGCAACGCUUCGCUGGCACAACUCCAUAUCUUCGACGGCUCCGACCCGACAGUUCUUCUGCCCUCGUGGGGUUUGCGAUUUCAAGGCGAAAUCCAGCGGAGCAGCUAACCGGAAGGAAAUCGACCCGGUCUCUCUCUCGCGCCCGCAAUCUUCACAUCUGUUGGCGACCUCGCGCGCAAGCACGCGACGCUACAGCAGCCAUGAGUAACGUACAGAACAGAGGCGGGGCGCGCAAGAUCUCGUUCAAUGUCAGCGAGCAGUAUGACAUCCAGGACGUGGUCGGCGAAGGUGCCUAUGGCGUCGUGUGCUCCGCUAUCCACAAACCUUCUGGCCAGAAGGUUGCCAUCAAGAAGAUCACGCCAUUUGACCACUCCAUGUUCUGCUUGCGGACGCUCCGUGAGAUGAAGCUCCUACGGUACUUCAACCACGAGAACAUCAUCUCAAUUCUGGACAUCCAGAAGCCUCGGAGUUACGAGACUUUCAACGAGGUUUACCUGAUCCAGGAACUCAUGGAGACCGACAUGCAUCGCGUCAUCCGCACACAAGAGCUCUCGGACGAUCACUGCCAGUACUUCAUCUACCAGACGUUGCGGGCGCUAAAGGCGAUGCACUCGGCAAACGUGCUACACCGAGACCUCAAGCCAUCCAACCUGCUUCUCAACGCUAACUGCGACCUGAAAGUCUGCGACUUUGGCUUGGCACGGUCGGCCGCGUCGCAGGAGGACAACUCGGGUUUCAUGACGGAAUAUGUGGCCACUCGCUGGUACCGUGCUCCCGAGAUCAUGUUGACCUUCAAGGAGUACACCAAGGCAAUCGAUGUCUGGUCGGUGGGCUGCAUCUUGGCCGAGAUGCUGAGCGGCAAGCCCCUGUUCCCGGGAAAGGACUACCACCACCAGCUCACCCUGAUCCUGGACGUCCUGGGCACACCAACAAUGGAGGACUACUACGGCAUCAAGUCGCGCCGCGCGCGCGAGUACAUCCGCUCGUUGCCAUUCAAGAAAAAGGUGCCAUUCCGGACGCUGUUUCCCAACACAUCCGAACUGGCUCUUGAUCUUCUAGAAAAGCUGCUCGCUUUCAAUCCGGUCAAGCGCAUCACGGUCGAAGAGGCGCUCAAGCACCCCUACCUCGAACCAUAUCACGACCCGGAUGAUGAGCCGACGGCACCGCCUAUCCCCGAGGAGUUCUUCGACUUUGACAAGCACAAGGAUAAUCUCACCAAGGAGCAGUUGAAACAGCUGAUUUAUCAGGAAAUCAUGAGGUAGAAUGUUAAUCGGCUUGGGUUAGGCCCUCUUGCUAGUCCGUUUCCCGGUCUGAAUCGGAGCUGGCCACCGUCCGUUGUAGGGGGGAGGAGUAUGGGGGGUUGGGUGGCUGCAUAUUGACUGCUGGGUCGAGCGUCCGAGGCCUGGGCCUGAAUUGCCUGAAGAACAGGCAGUGGCAAAAUGUUUCUUUGCGCGAAUUCAAUCAUUGUCCGCACGGGGGGAGGCGAAAGAGGCCGCUCCUACAUUUCCUGUUUUCGCAUAGUAUCUCCUUAGACAGUCUUGGAGUAAGCGCAGGAAGAGAUGAACAUCUCUUUGUUCCCUUGCUCGACGGCUCCAUAUUCCAGGAGUAUGUAGUUCGACUGUCUUGCUGUUCCGUCGAAAAUGAAAGACUUUGAUGUUUCUUCUUCG